GCUGAAAAUCAGAGCACCUGCGCCCCACUUACUGUCCACGCUCCCGCACGAACCACCGACGAGUCGCCAGCACGCCCGCGCCCAAGUGACUUGACUCGCCAACGAAUCAUCGAGUACGCAUCUCGCAUCCACGCUCAACACCGACGACUUGCCAUAGUUCAUAGCCCAACCAUCAGACGUUUGCUCCAACAAGAACACCCAGCUUCCCAUUUUACCUCUGCUCUGCUAUACCCCUCGCGCAAUACACCUUUUUCUCCCACCCAGCUAUGUUCUGCGACACCCAACAGCCACACACCUCUCCAUCCACAUACAUUCACCAGCACUCCACCAUGUCUUCUCACUCGCAUUCCCAAGUUUCAUUCCCUUCGUCCUAUUUGCAUCACAGCCAGCCUCAUAUAUCCUCACUCACUCGACCUUCUUUUCCGCCUGCUCACUCGUCUCCCAAUGUUUUGUAUUCAUCGCAAUCCAAUCACGCCUCUCCGUCAUCUUAUCAAGCAUACACAGCUCCCUCUUCACCAGGAGGGUCGCCUUCCGGAGCCACUGUCUCUCAAUCCCAGCAAGCCCGUCGGUUCGCUCGCCCAAAACCUCUCAAAAAGUCCUCAUCAACCAAUGGCAAACAUCGUAACGUGCAGGUGUCUCUUGAAGUCAAGGUUGAGAAGGCCAAGGGAUUUCAUGCGUUCUUUGUGCCGCAUUGCAAAGGCGGCGUACCUCCUGCUCCUCCUUGCAGUCCGGUACUAGGGCACGGGAGUUUGAAAGAACGGAGAGACAUGGAUGGAGGGAAUGAAGCGACCUCCUUAGACUAUUUUGGAACAUGGUCCAAGCACGGUGAAAAAGAAAGUGAGCAGUGGGUAGAAAACGUCGAAGAAGAUAUGGAAGUGGACAGGAUCUGAGGGUUUUAGCGGUGUAGCGGUAUGGCCUAAGCGUGUGUGUGAUGGGGGUUGCCUAAUUAGACGAUAGACGGGGCAAGAGUUUAUCAUUGAUAAGUGUUGUAACAACCUUUACAGUCUAACCAUAGUCAUAAGCAUUUUUUUUCAUUGUGACAUCAUCCAUCCUUUUCAAUGGGGGUAUAAUAGCACUUCUUCAAAGUGGAUAUUUCCGAUGCAUUAGGUCUUGUAGCG